AUGUUCCAUAAUUUGAGUACUUUGAGGGAGUACGAUAGCAGUUGUGGGAUAAUGUAUCAGUGGCAUUACGAUAUCAAUCUUAGUGAUUGGAAGUUGAUAUUCGAUUUCAAUAGGUUGCACCUGGUUUACCUCAACAAGGAGUCUGAGAAAGAGUCGAAAACCAAGCAGGCGUUGGGCCUGCCAAAGAUCAGCCUCUCGGAGAUCGAUCUCCAGUGGGUUCACGUGCUCAGCGAGGGCUGGGCGAGCCCGCUCAGGGGCUUCAUGAGAGAGUCCGAGUUCCUCCAAACGCUUCAUUUCAAUUCGCUCCGGCUCGAGGACGGGUCGGUUGUGAACAUGUCGGUACCCAUCGUUCUCGCUAUCGACGAUGCCCAGAAGAAUCUGGUCGGGUCGUCUACCAGCGUGGCGCUUGUUGAUGAGAAGGAUGCUCUGGUUGCUGUUUUGAGCGAUAUCGAGAUAUACAAGCACAACAAGGAAGAAAGAAUAGCAAGGACCUGGGGCACAACUGCCCCAGGGCUGCCUUAUGUUGAGCAGACCAUCACUAAUGCUGGAAACUGGUUGAUCGGUGGUGAUUUAGAGGUGAUUAACCCUGUCAAGUAUGAGGACGAUUUGGACCGUUUUCGGCUGUCGCCCGCACAGCUCCGUGAGGAGUUUGAGAGGCGGAAUGCAGAUGCUGUGUUUGCUUUCCAGCUUAGAAAUCCGGUGCACAAUGGACAUGCUCUAUUGAUGACUGACACGCGACGUAGGCUGCUGGAGAUGGGUUAUAAGAAUCCAGUCUUAUUGCUUCAUCCCUUGGGAGGAUAUACUAAGGCAGACGAUGUCCCGCUUAGCUGGCGGAUGAAGCAACAUGAGAAGGUACUUGAAGAUGGUGUCCUGGAUCCAGAAACCACAGUUGUGUCUAUAUUCCCUUCUCCUAUGCACUAUGCUGGCCCAACUGAGGUGCAGUGGCAUGCUAAGGCUAGAAUUAAUGCAGGGGCCAACUUCUACAUUGUGGGCCGUGAUCCAGCUGGCAUGAGCCACCCAGUCGAGAAUAGGGACCUCUAUGACGCUGAUCAUGGCAAAAAAGUUCUCAGCAUGGCUCCUGGACUAGAGCGCCUCAACAUUCUGCCCUUCAAGGUGGCUGCAUAUGACACGACACAGAGUAAGAUGGCAUUCUUUGAUCCAUCUAGGGCUCAAGAUUUUCUCUUCAUAUCUGGCACCAAGAUGCGAACCCUUGCAAAGAACGGGGAGAACCCUCCCGAUGGAUUCAUGUGCCCGGGUGGCUGGAAAGUUUUGGUUGAAUAUUACGACAGUUUGGCCCCGACCGAGAAUGGCAGACUGCCUGAGCCUGUUCUGGUUUGA